AUGCCGGAUACCGCCUCUGUCGACGCUCCUACUCCUCAAGAUGAUGACGAAGACCAAGUUCGGAACGGAGAGGAGGAUGAUGAUGAUGAACAGAAUGAUGUCGAGGAUGUUCCGACCCCUUCGCGUGACUCCGAACAACCUUCUCGCUCUGCAACUCCUCGACGCACCGGUAGACAAACGGCCGUCGGUCCACGCGGUGGUAGACGGAGGCUUGGUCGACCGCCGAAACGCCCUAUACCACUUUCAGAGGACGAUAAUAAUGAUGUCGCUUCUGAGGUCAGCACUCCCAAACGCAGGGGUGGAUUUCGCGGCCAUCGAGGUGGACGAUGGGCAAAGUACAGGGGUGGUGCCUCCAGAGCGGCACAUGCUCCGCUGGAUGUCGACGGCAAUCCUCUGAACAUUGUGAACGAUGAGGUCGAGCUCCCUGACGACCAAGAGGGUGAAGACAAGGUUGAUAAGAACGGCGAACUUCUCGGCGGAAGAGAAUAUCGAGUCCGUACAUUUACCAUUCUGGGGAGAGACGACCGGCUUUACAUGCUGUCCACUGAGCCCGCGCGCUGCAUUGGUUUCCGCGACUCCUAUCUCUUCUUCCAGAAGCACAAAAACCUCUAUAAAAUCAUUAUCGAUGAUGAUGAGAAAAGGGACCUUAUUGAAAGGGACCUGAUCCCUCACUCAUACAAGGGUCGGGCAAUUGGUGUGGUUACAGCUCGCUCGGUAUUCCGCGAAUUUGGUGCCAAGAUCAUAAUUGGCGGCAAAAAGGUGGUUGAUGAUUAUGAGGCUCAAAAAGCACGAGAUCGAGGAGAUGUCGAGGGCGAGUUGGCUGUGCCAGAGGAUCGCCUACCACUUCCGGGCGAGCCUUACAACCGCAACCAGUAUGUCGCCUGGCAUGGUGCAAGUGCCGUGUAUCAUACCAAUAUCCCUAAUGUACCAAUACCCAACGCAAAGGCACAAGAGGCCAAGCGACGUAAGAUUGUUGUCACGAGUGAUAACUGGAUGCUCGAACAUGCUCGAGAUGCGAGUCGCUUCAACUCAUCGCUGGCAGCCGCACGCGCAGACACGAUGAAUGGAAUCUAUGAUAUCCAUACGAAUGCCAUGCAAUGGCCCGGUAACACGCAACCAACCCACGCGAGAUGGGAAGCUGUCGACGACAGCUCGGAAACACAAGCGGUUGACAAGGUUGGUCGACUACCUCGCCUGAAUCCAGUGUAUUCACGCAAUUUCCGAAUUCACGACCUUUGUCUGGAGUCACCCCCUGAAUCAUGGUUCAGCAACGCUGGUUCCGAUGUGGAGAGCACUGGGCUGACAUCGAUUCCUUUGGAGAUUCUGGAAGAGCUCCCUCAAGAAGCACUCUGCGCCUUUCUCACUGCCCGAGAUCGCGAAGCCCGCUGGAGAGGCAAAUGGCAGAACGAAAGUAUCGACGGGCUCCGAGCAGUUGUUCUUCCCUCAACUGAGUGGUUCCCUAAAUGA